AAAGGCACCAGCUUUCGACACCCGUUGGAAGCGGUACCUAUGGAAUGUCAGCCUUCCGCCCUGCCGCAGUUGCUGCCGCAGGUGCUUCCCAUGAUGGAGUGGAGUGACAUCCGCCGCACCUGUUUGGCGCAGAAGCACUGCAGCCGGAGCCUGGUGCAGGCGGUGCACCAACGGUACCUGGGCAAAAUGCCCACCUCGGUGCGAGCCCGUGUCCAGCGACUGGGCCAGCGGCUGAGCGGCGCACAGGCCGCCCAAGCGCGGGGCGCCCCGGAGGCGCUGGCCUCCGCGGCGGUGGAGAUCACCGUGCUUCAGCAGUGCACGCGCAUCCUGGGCGAGAACUGCGAGAAGUACGCGGACCUCCUGGAAAGGGUGGGCUUCACCUUGGGCGACGAUCUGGAGCCCGUCUCCGACGCCUUGCUGGAGUCUCUGGAGCAGCUCCAGUCCUUCGCGGACGCCCUGGCGCGCCUCAAGUCCGCGGCGGAGUCGGGGCCUCCGCCGGGCAUCUCCUGCCGCGCGCGGCGCGAGGGCGCGACCGGAGGCUACCCCUCCGACGACGAUUGACGCACAUUGUCGAACGUGAGCCGCGGCCGAUCUGGGCGACUUGGUAGGGUACUCUGUCACAAUCUGAACAGGAUUCAAUGACUAGGAAGCACCCAAAGUCGGGGCUUGCCUCUUACAAGAGGUAGUAGAUGCCGGGGGCCUUGUUGGGAUGUGUCCGC